CGCCUCCUAGUCGCCGGCUGCUCGCCCUCACGCAGACGGAGCUGCAGGCAGAGGGAAGCUCGAAGGGAGCGAGCAAGCGGCAAGGAUGGCUCUGGCACCUCCCAGUUACUGUUUCGUUGCAUUCCCACCACACACUAAAGAUGGCCUUAUAAUCAUUGGGAAAAAUUCUGCCCGGCCCAGGGACGAGGUACAGGAGAUAGUUUAUUUCGCCGCUGCUACUCAUGAUCCAGGAUGCAAAGUUGAGUGCACGUACAUUGAGAUUGACCAGGUGCCCAAAACCAACGCUGUCGCUCUGAGUAGACCUUCCUGGCUUUGGGGGGCAGAAAUGGGGGCAAAUGAACAUGGAGUCUUCAUUACCAAUGAAGCCAUUAUCACCAAAGAACCAGCCUCAGAAACUGAAGCGCUCCUAGGAAUGGAUCUUGUCAGGCUUGGUCUAGAAAGGGGUGGAACAGCUAAAGAAGCCUUGGAUGUCAUUGUCUCUCUGUUGGAAGAGCAUGGCCAAGGAGGCAAUUAUUACGAAGAUGGGAGUGCAUGCCAUGCUUUCCAGACUGCGUAUCUGAUAGUGGACAGAAAAGAAGCUUGGGUCCUGGAGACUAUUGGGAAACACUGGGCAGCAGAGAACAUUACAGAGGGAGUCAAGUGCAUUUGCAGCCAGCUUUCCUUAACUACAAAGAUCGAUGCAGAGCACCCUGAGCUUAGAAGUUACGCAGAAGGUCAAGGGUGGUGGACUGCAGAUACAGAGUUCAACUUUUCUCAAGUAUUUUCUCAGGCUGAUAACCAUUCAGAUUGUUGCUUGGCGAAGGAGAUCCUAGAGAAGCAAGAAGGCGCUAUCACUGUGGAAAUGAUGAUUGACAUCUUGCGGGAUAAGCCUGGUGGUAUAUGUGUGGAUUCAGAGUCUUUUCUUACUACAUCAAGCAUGGUGUCCGUAUUACCUCAGAAUCUUAGUUCCCCGUGCAUCCAUUAUUUUACCGGCACACCAGAUCCAUCAAGGUCCAUAUUUAAACCUUUUAUCUUUGUCGAUGAUGUGAAAUUAGUGUCAAAAGUACAGUCACCCAUUUUUGGUAGUGAUGAUCCUGUGAAAAAAAUCCCUCGGUUCCAGGAGAAACCAGACCGCAGACACGAAUUGUACAAAGCACACGAGUGGGCCCGAUCAGUCAUGGAGAAUGAACAGGAAAAAGGAGAGAAGCUGAGAAGAACCAUGCUAGACCUUGAAAAGCAAGGCUUGGACGCAAUGGAGAGCAUCAUUACCAGCUCGGAAGUUCUUGAUCCUUCUGAAGUAGAGGACCUUUUCUAUGACUGUGUUGAUACAGAAAUUAAGUUCUUCAAGUGAAUGACCAUAGACACCUUUAGCCUUCACAUAAGAAGACCAUAAAGCUCUUCAGGCCUUGAAAGAUGUUCUCGCCAUAUUGCCGAAUUUUUGGAGGAAAUUGCCCUCUUUUUAGAGAAAAGUUCCUUAGUAGCUGUAUCGCGUUAACACAUUCCUUUCCUCCUUUUCUUUUCUUUUCCUCCUGUGUGUGUUAUGGAAAGAGGGCCUUCACUGACUGUGUGCAUGCUGGCUAACGUAAUGCAGAAUGUUUUUUCAUUCAUCUGGGCAACCGAAACGUAAGGAUGACAAAUAGCCAGAAUCCAUGUAGUUCUAAAUAUUGCAAAUCAAAAUGAGCCUGAAAAGUUUUGCCUGAAAAGUUUGAUCCACAUGUAAAAGGGGAAAAAAUACAGCAGGUACAUGUGUGCUCCUAAAGAGUUUUGCCACAAAGAAAUGAUGGGAUGAAAAAAUGGGCCUUGUUACUGGUAUAAAUGUCAACAGUGGAAUAAGCUUCUCACUUGUUCUAGUCCUGACGAUUUAGAGUUGGGUCUGUUGAGCUGUGUGCUGCCUCACCUGUGCACAUAUUGGGCUGGUAGCUUUUCCUUUUCUUUUUUUGCUUCUCUCACCUAUCGUUCCAUAUUGCUGCAUACCAGGCUGAAAAGAUUACAUUUAAAUAAUCGAUUUCUCCCCAUAAUAGAGUUCUGAACAGUGUGAAUUGGCCUAAGCAUUUAGAGAGAGAGAGAAAGAGAAGCAAGCUUACAACUGAAGGUAAGAUCAAGAACCUUAAUUUGGUUGUGGGAACUGUACCAUAGCUGCUUAGGAAAGGCAAUUGUUCCAGUGAAAUGACCAGAAUUUGUUCAGAUAUUUGCUUACACCAAAGAAGGGGAACUUACGGCUCUCCAUAUGUAGUUGGGAGCACAGUUACGAUUAUUCUUGCCUGCUGGUCAUGCUUGCUGCGACUGAUGGUAGGCAGUAGAUUUCAUUGUUCCUUUGUGCUGUCUUUGGGACUUAGUCGAAAAAUACACAGAGGGGGUGGUGAAACUGGCCCCUGCCGGGGUGCAGACCAGGGAGGUGGGGACAUGCAGAAAUCAGCAUGGGAGAGGAAGGGAUGCUAGGCCCCUUUUGGAUGGUUGCAGCACCCAGCAAGAGAGAGCUCUUUCAAAAUAUUGAGUCUACCCUCCUGGCAGGCUGGAAGCACCAUUGCUCUCUUCCUUCCCUCUCCCCGCUAUCUGUCAGUUAGAUGUUAGCGAGUCGGGAAAGGCUGCUGCAGCAAUGAGCCUGAGCAACAGCCACUUCCUCUAGUUCGCAAGCAUCUUGGGAAGAGCCAGAGGCAGGGGGGCUGGAAAUGCCAACUCUAGGGGAGGGUGCCGUCACAGCUGGGCACUCCUGCAAGAAGCACAGGGCCAGGCAGACAAGAGAGCAAGUGCGUUUGCAGAAGCCCACAGAGGAUGCUGGUGCUGUCCAGGACGGGAGUUCCAAAGGCUGCCCUGCUGCCCAUGAGGUUCCUCUCCAAACUAGGAGCAGGACUAUCCAGGCAGCUUGGCUCCUGCUUCUCUUUCCUGUCAGGAGGAGCAACUCCUCAGCAGGGGUGCCUGGAGGUGGAAGUCCUCCAUUUCUCACCCAUGGCCAAAGUCACCCUGCCAGUU